UGUCUCUCUCUCAAAAAAUGAAUAAAUGUUUUAAAAAAAUGUGACAAGACCUACGAAAUUGGGUAUAAAUAACUUAAAAUAAUUACUUCUUGAAAGAGCUAGACACUUUAUGUCUAGCUUCAUGAGUAAUUGGUCUUUCCUUCAGUUUGAUGGCCAGAAGUAAACAAGUCUUCUCCUGUGGCAGUCAUGUCUAUAGCACUUCCUCAUGUGGAACCCAGGGCCUGCAAACCAUCCAGAACUGUCAGUAUUGAUUUUGGACACUUCAUAUUUAUGUGAGUGAUAUGUCAGAUGACAGAAUUUAAUGAUUUCAGUUGUUUUUGAAAAGAAGAGGACAAAUUUGGGGUAUUGAUGGAAGUUUUGUGGGCAGAACUUUGAUGCCACAAUUAUUUGGUAAUUUAAAUGCAACCAGACCCAAUUUUUACAGACAUGUUGAUCCUGUGUAUAGGAACCUCUGUGGUUCACACUGCUAAUGGAUGUGGAUAGCCCUCCACCAAGGCAAGAAUGUAAGUUGGGAUUUUUUUUUUAUCACAAAACAUUUUUGCAUUUGAGCAUCUGAUUUUAGAGCAUAUGGUUUUUUUGAUUUAUAGAUAAAUGCUGCUGAGCUUAGUUUAUAUAUAAUGCUUGUCCAAAUAUCUGUCACAAGCCUAAGAUGAUGGCUGAUUGAAAGAGCCUAGCUAGCUGAGUAAUGUUUAACCGGUUAUUCUUGAGUUUUCUUCAUGAAUCAGUUGUGUAGCUCUCCUUCACUAAACCGUGAAAUUUAUACUCUGAGCUUUCAUCAAGAAGAGUCUGUGUAAGAAACAUCUAUGUCUCUACUUCUUUUGAAGGUUGAUGGAAGAGGAAUGGGACAGUGAGGAUGGAAGUUACUGUCAUUGAAAGGCAGUAUAUUGUAUGGACGGAGUAUGGGCUGUGGUGCCAGAGGUAGAUUGGGGUCAUCUGGACUAUUUAGUUGUUGACAUGCCACCCGGAACUGGAGAUGUGCAGUUAUCAGUCUCACAGAAUAUUCCCAUUUCAGGUGCUGUGAUUGUCUCCACGCCCCAGGACAUUGCACUGAUGGAUGCACACAAGGGUGCUGAGAUGUUUCGAAAAGUCCAUGUGCCUGUUCUGGGCCUUGUCCAAAAUAUGAGUGUUUUCCAGUGUCCACAAUGUAAACAUAAAACUCAUAUUUUUGGUGCUGAUGGUGCCAGAAGACUAGCACGGACCCUUGAUCUUGAUGUUCUAGGGGACGUUCCCUUACAUCUUAAUAUAAGGGAAACUUCAGAUACAGGCCAGCCGAUUGUGUUUUCACAGCCUGAAAGUGAUGAGGCCAAAGCUUACCUGAGGAUUGCCGCAGAAGUGGUAAAAAGAUUGCCACCACCUCUAAAGUGAAUUCCCCAAGUGUUCUGGAAAUUUGCCUGCUGCUUAACAAUAAGAAGACCUUUGGAAAUCAGCAGUGUGGUGACGCAACCUACAGGAAUAAUAGAAUCAUGGUUAUUUUCUUUUAUUUCUAAGGAAAUAAUGUCUUAUUUUCAGAUUUGAUUUGCUAAGCAAUGACUCACAAGUAAAAUUUUUAUAUAUCAAUGUUAACUGUUACAUUUAGGAAUUUUUUUUUUUUUUUUUUUGAGUGCUGAUGUGUACCAACUGCACAGAACUGCAUUUUUUUUUUUAAUGAACUACCCCUUGGGGAAUCAUGAGUUUAUAUUAUAAGCUCAACCUUCAAUUCAGGAGAGUUAAAACUGUAUUCUUUUUGUGGGACUAUGGAGUUAGUCAUUUAAAGGAUUUAUUAACUGCGUACUGAUAUAAGUGUGAUAACUCCAUCAGUCAGUUUGGUCUGAGUUUCAGUCUUGGACAGUCUUGGACACGUUCUUAAUGUAAAAUAACUUCUGCUUCAUCUGGACCAGGCUCUACCCUAAACUUACUGAAUAUAAUCUGCAGGGGUGGGGUCUGGACAUGUAUAUUUUUAACAAGAUCACAAUGAUUUUGAUGAUUCUGGUUAUGAUGGCAAUAGUUAUAAUAAUAGGUAACAUCUAUCAGGUGUUUCCUUGUGUCCGUAUAGUUAAUCUUGCAUUCGUAUGAGUGGGGUAUUGUUGUUACCUUCAUUCUAUAGAUGAGAAAACUGAGAUAUGGGAGUGUUAAGUGUUUUGCCGAAGGUUUCUGUUCUAGCAAGUGAUAGAGCUGGAAUUUGAACUUGGACAGUGGGAUACUGGAUCUUCCCUUUUUUAUACCAAAGAACAUUUGUUUAUUUCAAAAAAGAAAUGCGGUAUUCAGCAUUUCCUCCAGCUUACUUGACCAUGAAGGCCUUAUCCUAUCCCUUUCAGGAGCAUUUCAUGGAGUUUGUGUUUCAAAUGAUACACUUUGAAAAGCAUGUAUGUUAUCUAGUUGAGGCUCAAAGAUAUUUGGGGGAGCAAAUAUCUCCCCCAAAAUAGUAAUAAAAUAGUAAUUAAAUAAAAUAGUAAUAAAGCAAAAUAGUAAUAAAGCUGCAAGUACUGAUAAGAAUCAUUAGUUGACCCUCAGUUACAAAGAAGUGGUCUAUGACUUUUGGCAAAUACCUUGACAUCUUCUGCUUUGUAGUUAAACAGGUAGAAAAUUAGAGAGUCACAUGUUGUUAUAAACAUGUUUUCACACACUUGUAUUCACAUAAAAAACUGUUCAUGGCAAUUUUAUUUGUAGUCGCCAAAAACAACACAGAGCUUUUCAGUGGGCAGAUGGUUAAACAAAGUGUGAUCUAUCCAACCAUGGAAUACUACUCACCAAUGAAAAAGAACAAACUAUGGAUACCUGCAACAACCUGGAUGAAUUCUAGACCAUUAUGCUGAAUGAGAGAGCCAAUCCCAAAAGGUUUUAUACCAUAUGGUUCCAUUUAUGGAGCAUUCUUGAAAUGACAAAAUUAUAGAAAUGGAGAACAAAUUACUGGUUUCUGGAAUUUAAGGGGAGAGGGUUGCAAGGGAGAGAAUUAUGUGUGCCUCUAAAUGGGCAACAUAAGGAAAUCAUCAUGAGGAUGGAAAUGUUCUUUGUUAUGACUGUGUCAAUACCAAUAUCUUGGGGGAUAUUGUACUAUAGUUUUGCAAGAUGUUACUGUUAGAGGAAAUUGGGUAACAGGACACAAUGGAAUCUCUGCACGUGAAUCUACAGUUACCUCAAAGUAAAAAUAAAAUUUUAAUUAAAUAAA